AUGUCCAUUGUCCACCGACUGACGGGCACUCACUCAUCUACGACGGUACGGCCAACGCAUCACUCAUUAGCACAGCCUGGCAGUAGCAACAUGACGCCCGGCCACCGCCUCGACGAAAAACAACGUCAAAAUCGUAAUACAUUGUUUCAAGAUAAUACAAUCAUCCGUAUUUUAUUUCUUUUCUUUGCUGACAUUGAUUAUUGUUAUCUGGCGUUGCACAUAGAAACACUUGAACGAGCACUCUAG